AUGUUGCCGAACGAUAUGCGCAACUCGGUUGCGGCUGUUUGUCUUAUUGCGAUGGUAACUGGCAUCGCUCACGCACAGAGCUGUACCAGCUACACCUACACCACGUUCCUACCCGAUGGAAAGAAGUGCAAUUUCUAUACCGCCUGCGUGAACCAACGUGCUACUCCCUUGGUUUGCCCUUCCGGCUAUCACUUUAACGUUCGAAAGCAACUGUGUGACUUCCCUAGCGAAGCAGGGUGUAUCAAAUGCCCCGCUGUUGGGUUUGCUAACAUGGCCGUCGAUGGAAGCUGCAAAAAGUUUGUCCAGUGCUUUAUGGGGACAGCCAUCGAUCGCGAGUGCCCACCCGGUCUGAUGUACGAUCCUGCCUAUGGACAAUGUAACCUGGACACAAGGGUUGCUUGUAAGUGA